UUCUUCUCCCUGUUGAACGGGAGCACGGGGAGCAGGAGUCAGUAGUGAGGUACGGACGGCUCUGUUUUUUUUUUGUCGGAUGCUCGGCCGCUGGGGGCGAAGAAGCAGCUGCGGAUAUCUGCCUCGUACCUGCCUCAAAACGGGCUGUGUUCCCUUCUAGUCGCCUGUGUCUGUGUUUUCCCCCCUCAUUUUUCUUCCCCGAAAACCGUUGUGUGAACGCUAGAUAACGAGGGUCUGGUUCGGUUUCGUAACGCGCUGCACUCGGUAGCAGCGCGGAGGGGGAAGAGAGAGAGAGAUAUAUAUAGAGAGAGAUUUUUUCUUUUACCGAGGAUGCGGAUUUAACGGAAAAGACGUUAUCGGUGUCACCUGGGAUUUUUUGAACCGUUAGAAUUCAAAUUAGCGUUGCCGCACGCGUCGCUAGCAAAAGAAGAUAUUUUUUCCCCAUGUCUGCUGAAAUCCAACGGUUGAAAUAAUAUCGACAGCCUCUCUUACCAGAAGACAGAAAUAAAGGGGUUGAAUGUGUUUUCCUCCAGCCUGGACACCAUGAGCACAAUCUCACCAACAGACUUUGACAGCCUGGAGAUCCAGCAGCAGUAUAAUGACAUCAACAACCGCUGGGACCUGGCAGCAGAGACUGACUGGGAUAAUGAGAACAGUUCAGCACGUCUCUUUGAACGUUCUCGCAUUAAGGCUCUCGCAGAUGAGCGUGAAGCAGUACAAAAGAAGACCUUCACCAAAUGGGUAAACUCUCACUUAGGCCGAGUGACCUGUCGCAUUGGUGACUUGUACACAGACCUGCGGGAUGGGCGCAUGCUUAUCCGCCUCCUGGAAGUGCUCUCAGGAGAACAGCUGCCAAAACCUACUAAGGGCCGUAUGCGUAUCCACUGCCUGGAAAAUGUUGAUAAAGCUCUGCAGUUCCUCAAAGAACAAAAAGUCCAUCUAGAGAACAUGGGCUCGCAUGACAUUGUAGAUGGAAAUCACCGCCUCACCCUGGGUCUCAUCUGGACCAUCAUCCUUCGCUUCCAGAUUCAAGACAUCAGUGUGGAGACAGAAGACAACAAGGAGAAAAAAUCAGCUAAAGAUGCCCUGCUGCUCUGGUGCCAAAUGAAAACUGCUGGGUAUCCUAAUGUCAACAUUCACAACUUCACCACCAGCUGGAGAGAUGGUCUGGCGUUCAAUGCCAUUGUGCACAAACACAGACCAGACCUGAUUGAGUUUGACAACCUGAAGAGGUCCAAUGCGCACUACAAUCUCCAGAAUGCUUUCAAUGUGUCUGAGAAGGAACUGGGGCUUACCAAGCUGCUGGACCCAGAAGAUGUUAAUGUUGAUCAGCCUGAUGAAAAGUCCAUCAUUACCUAUGUGGCGACCUACUACCAUUACUUCUCCAAGAUGAAAGCUCUGGCUGUAGAGGGCAAGAGAAUUGGGAAGGUGCUUGACUAUGCUAUUGAGGCUGACCAGCUGAUAGAGAAGUAUGAGACCCUGGCCUCAGAGCUGCUACAGUGGAUUGAGCAGACCAUAGUGACGCUCAAUGACCGGCAGCUAGCUAACUCACUCACUGCUGUGCAGAAUCAGCUCCAGGCUUUCAACUCCUACAGGACUGUGGAGAAACCCCCCAAAUUUACAGAGAAAGGAAACCUGGAGGUUCUCCUCUUUACUAUCCAAAGCAAGAUGAGAGCGAACAAUCAGAAAGUCUACAUGCCAAAAGAGGGCAAACUUAUAUCUGACAUUAAUAAGGCAUGGGAAAGACUUGAAAAGGCUGAACAUGAACGUGAGCUGGCACUGAGAAAUGAGCUGAUUCGCCAGGAGAAACUGGAGAUGCUCGCUGCACGAUUUGACCGGAAAGCAGCUAUGCGGGAGACAUGGCUCAGUGAGAACCAGAGGCUGGUGUCUCAGGAUAACUUUGGAACUGACUUGGGAGCAGUGGAAGCUGCCACCCGUAAACAUGAAGCAAUUGAGACCGAUAUUGGGGCAUAUUGGGAGCGUGUGGCUGCUGUGGAGGCUGUCGCCAAAGAACUGGAAGCAGAGGGAUACCACGAUGUUCGACGUAUAACCGCACGAAGAGACAAUGUUCUUCGACUCUGGGAAUAUCUAAAAGAGCUCCUGGCUGCACGUAGAGAGCGUCUGAAUGCCCAUCGUGACCUACAAAGACUAUUUCAGGAGAUGCGCUACAUCAUGGACUGGAUGGCAGAUGAGAAGGGUCGUCUACAGUCUCAGGAUUGUGGUAAACAUUUGCAUGAUGUAUUAGACUUAAUGCAAAAACACACUCUGGUAGAAGCUGACAUUUCAGCUCAGGCAGACCGGAUCAAGGCAGUGCAGGGAGCUGCAAAACGCUUCACUUCCUAUGAACAGGCCUAUAAACCUUGUGAGCCUGGACUAGUAAGUGAGAAGGUUGACCUACUGGGUCAAGCCUAUGAGGAGCUAGGUCAGCUUGCUGGGACACGCAGAGAGCGCCUAGAGGACUCUCGUCGUCUGUGGCAGUUCCUGUGGGAGAUUGGAGAGGAGGCAGCCUGGAUCAGAGAGCAGGAGCAGAUCCUAGCUAGUGGAGAUUGUGGCCGUGACCUCACUUCAGCUCUUCAUCUACUAAGUAAACAUGAAGCUUUCAGGGAUGAGAUGGCUGCUCGUUACGGUCCUCUCAGUAACAGCAUUGCUGCUGGAGAAGCUUUGGUUCAAGAGGGACACUUUGGAGCCCCAGAGGUCACUGAGAGAAUUCAAGACAUUCGUGCACAGUGGACUCACUUGGAAGAGACAACUAAGUUCAGAGAGCAGAGCCUUAAGGAAGCAGUGGCCCUGCACCAGUUUCAGACAGAUGCCAAUGAUAUGGAGGCAUGGAUUAUGGAGACACUUAGACAGGUGUCCAGUCAGGAGGUGGGCCAUGAUGAAUUCUCCACCCAAACUCUAGCUCGCAAACAGAGGGAGAUAGAGGAGGAAAUCCAGAGCCACCGACCCCUCAUCGACUCCCUGCAUGAGCAGGCCCAAGCACUGCCACAAGCCUAUACAUCUUCCCCUCAAGUGGAGGGUCGCCUACCUGCUAUUGAGCAGCGCUAUGAAGAACUCGAGUCUUUGUCAGCAGCUAGGCGUCAAGCCCUGGAAGGUGCCCUGGCCCUCUACCGCAUGUUCAGUGAAGCUGGUGCCUGCCAGCUCUGGGUGGAGGAAAAGGAGCAGUGGUUAGAUGGCAUGGAGAUCCCUACCAAGCUGGAAGAUUUAGAAGUUGUACAGCAGAGGUUUGAGACUCUGGAACCUGAGAUGAACAACCUAGGCACUCGUGUAACUGAUGUGAACCAAGUGGCUGAGCAGCUUCUAAGCUCAGACAACUGUAACAAAGACCAAAUCAACCAGACAAGAGACCAACUGAACAACAGGUGGAAGGAGUUUGAACAACUGUCUGGUCAAAAGAAACAAGCUCUAGAGUCAGCCCUUAACAUCCAGAACUACCACCUGGAGUGUAAUGAGAUCCAGACUUGGAUGAAAGAAAAGACCAAAGUUAUUGAAUCUACUCAGAGCCUGGGCAAUGACCUGGCUGGAGUGAUGGCUCUGCAACGCAAACUCACUGGAAUGGAGAGGGACCUGGAGGCUAUUCAGGGAAAAUUGGAUGACCUGAGAAAUGAGGCAGAAAAGCUGGCUAAAGAACACCCAGAUCAGGCUGGAGAGAUCCAAGGACGUUUGGCUGAGAUUCAAGAAGUGUGGGAGGAGUUGAAUGAUACGAUGAAGAGACGAGAAGAGUCACUGGGUGAAGCCAGUAAGCUACAGGGUUUCCUUAGGGAUCUGGAUGACUUCCAGUCCUGGCUGUCCCGCACCCAGACAGCAGUGGCCUCAGAGGACAUUCCCACUUCUCUGCCUGAAGCUGAGAGUUUGCUAGCCCAGCACGAGAGUAUCAAAAAUGAGGUGGAUAACUAUAAGGAUGACUAUGAGAAGAUGCGGGCAGUUGGUGAGGAGGUGACCCAAGGUCAGACAGAUGCCCAGCACAUGUUCUUGGCCCAGAGGCUCCAGGCACUGGACACUGGUUGGCAUGAGUUGCGUCGCAUGUGGGAGAACCGCCACAGUCUUUUGGCCCAGGCCUUUGACUUCCAGAAUUUCCUGAGAGAUGCAAAGCAAGCAGAGGCUUUCCUCAACAGCCAGGAGUACGUGCUGUCCCACACAGAGAUGCCCAACAGUCUUCAGGCAGCAGAGGAGGCCAUUAAGAAGCAUGAGGAUUUCCUCACCACCACAGAGGCCAGUGAGGAGAAGAUAAAUGGAGUGGUGGAGGCUGGACGGCGCCUCAUUAAUGACUCGAAUGCAAACGCUGAUAAGAUCCAGGAAAAAGUUGAUUCAAUCCAGGAAAGGCAUCGUAAGAAUAAGGAAGCAGCGAACGAACUGCUGACCAAGCUUAAGGAUAACCGUGAACUUCAGCACUUCCUCCAAGAUGGACAGGAGCUCACAUUGUGGAUCAAUGAGAAGAUGUUGACAGCUCAGGACAUGUCUUACGAUGAGGCCAGAAAUCUUCACAGCAAGUGGCAGAAACACCAGGCCUUCAUGGCAGAGCUGGCCUCCAACAAAGACUGGCUUGACAAAAUUGAUAAGGAGGGUCAAGUGCUUGUGGCAGAGAAGCCUGAGCUAAAACCUGUUGUUGAGCAGACCUUAGAGGACCUUCAGCGUCAGUGGGAGGAGCUGGAGAACACAACCCGCACCAAGGCCCAGUGUUUGUUUGAUGCUAACAGGGCAGAACUCUUUACUCAGAGCUGCUCCGCUCUGGACGUCUGGCUGAAAAACCUUGAGGGUCAGCUGCAUAGUGAUGACUAUGGAAAAGAUUUAACCAGUGUAAACAUCCUCCUCAAGAAGCACCAGAUGCUGGAGCAUCAGAUGGAGGUCAGAGAAAAGGAGGUGCAGUCUCUGCAGUCUCAGGCUCUAGCGCUGUCACAGGAGGAUGCUGGAUUGGCUGAGGUAGAUGGCCAACAAAGGCGUGUCAUUGACAGCUUCUCCGGCCUUCAAGAUCCUCUCAAACUGAGGAGACAGCGACUACUCGCAUCCAAGGAAGCACAUCAGUUCAAUAGAGACCUGGAGGAUGAAAUUCUAUGGGUGAAAGAGAGGAUGCCCUUGGCUACCUCCACAGAUCAUGGAAAAGACCUGCCCACUGUACAGCUGCUUAUCAAAAAGAACCAGACAUUGCAGAAGGAGAUCCAGGGUCAUCAGCCUCGCAUUGAUGACAUUCAUCGACGAGGCCAGACUCAGAGUCAGGUAGAUGGUGAGAGACAGUCCGUUCUAGAGGAGCGCCUCGUUGAACUGAGAGACCUGUGGGACCAGCUGAUUGCCGAGACAGACAAGCGCCACGCCCGUCUAAUAGACGCAAAUCGUGCCCAGCAGUUCUAUGCUGAUGCGGCAGAGGCAGAGGCCUGGAUGGGAGAGCAAGAGCUGCACAUGAUGUCAGAAGAAAAAGCCAGGGAUGAGCAAAGUGCUCUAGUGAUGGUAAAGAAGCACCAGACCCUGGAACAGGCACUUGAAGACUACGCUCAGACCAUUCAUCAGCUGGCCAACAGUAGUCGCCUCAUGGUGACCAGUGAACACCCAGAGAGUGAAAGAAUCACCUUAAGACAAGCCCAAGUUGACAAGCUGUACGCAGGCCUUAAAGACCUUGCUGAAGAGCGUCGUGGGCGGCUGCAUGAGAGACUCCGUCUGACCCAACUGAAGCGGGAGAUGGAUGACCUGGAACAGUGGAUUUCUGAAAGGGAGGUGGUUGCUGGCUCCCAUGAACUAGGACAGGACUAUGAACAUGUCACAAUGCUGAGGGACAAGUUCCGGGAGUUUGCUCGUGACACCAGCACUAUUGGCCAAGAGCGUGUAGAUGGUGUCAAUGGGUUAGCAGAUGACCUGAUUGAGUCUGGUCACCCAGAGAAUGCCAGUGUAGCAGAGUGGAAGGACGGUUUAAACGAUGCUUGGGCUGACCUGUUGGAGCUGAUUGACACACGCACACAAAUGUUGGCAGCCUCCUAUGAGCUGCACCGCUUCCACCAAGAUGCCAUGGAGGUGCUUGGACGUGUAAAGGAGAAGAGGGAGGCACUGCCAUCUGACCUCGGCCGUGAUCUGAACACUGUCCAGCAUCUACACAGACAACACAAUACUUUCGAACAUGACAUCCAGGCCCUCAGUGGACAAGUGAACCAGGUACAGGAUGAUGCAGCACGGCUGCAGAAAGCUUAUGCUGGGGAGAAAGCUGAUGACAUUCACAGGAGUGAACAUGCUGUGACGUCUGCGUGGGAGGGUCUCCUUGAAGCUGGACAGGCCCGAAGGCUCCUCCUGCUGGACACUGUGGAGAAAUUCCGCUUCUUCAAUAUGGUGCGAGACCUCAUGCUCUGGAUGGACGGUGUCAACCUGCAGAUUGAUGCACAUGACAGCCCCAGGGAUGUAUCUUCUGCAGGGUUGGUCAUUGCCAAUCAUCAAGACAUCAAAUCAGAGAUUGAGACCCGGGCAGACAGCUUUACUGCCUGUAUUGAGAUGGGGAAUACUCUUAUCAACAAUAAUCACUAUGCAUCUGAUGAGAUUCGAGAGAAACUUGUACAACUCCAGGAAAAGAGGGACCAAAUCAACAAAAAGUGGCAAGAUAAGAUGGACCAUUUACAAAUUGUACUGGAGGUGUUGCAGUUUGGACGUGAUGCCUAUGUGGCAGAGUCGUGGUUGGCAGGACAAGAACCUUUGGUGCGAGCUGCAGAGCUGGGCUCAAAUGUGGAUGAGGUAGAGAGCCUAAUUAAGCGUCAUGAGGCCUUCGAGAAACUUGCUGCAGCUUGGGAAGAUCGCUUUGUUCUACUAGAGAAACUCACUACACUUGAGGAGCAGGAGAUGCAGAGGAGGCGAGAGGAAGAGGAGAGAGCACGGCGACCGCCUACACCAACACCAGAAGAAGAAGUGGCACAAUCUGAAGCAGAAAGUCAACCACAUGAUUCUGCUGCAAGAACCAGUCUGGACCAGACCACCCUUAAUCAGCCAGUGUCUGUUAAUGGAGUGCACAGUGACAAUGACACAUCGCAGCAGUCCUUAUCGCAAUCGUUGUCAGUGGGAAAGAAAUCAGAGCCUAAACGUGUGUGUAAGCCAAAGCAGCUGGAGCGUGGCUCGGAGUCCGAGUCAGUAAAUGGUCCAGGCAGAGACAGCGGGCUGGCAUCAUCUCGCCUUGAGCCGUCUGCCACGUUACCCAGCAGGGGUGGAGCCGAAUCUGAGCCAGAGACCAUGGAGGGGAUGCUCUGUCGAAAACAGGAGAUGGAAUCUCACAGCAAAAAGGCAGCUAGCAGGUCAUGGCAGAAUGUCUACUGUGUGGUAAGGAAAGGAAGUCUUGGUUUCUAUAAAGACAGCAAGAGUGCGAGCAACGGUAUUCCAUACCACGGAGAGGUUCCCAUCAGCUUGGGAGAGGCUGUGUGUGAAGUAGCACAUGACUAUAAGAAGAGAAAAUUUGUAUUCAAGCUCAGGCUAGGGGAUGGAAAGGAGUAUCUGUUCCAAGCAAAGGAUGAGGCGGAAAUGAGCUCCUGGAUUCGCUCCAUCAUCAGCUCCAUUCCAUCAGGGUCGUCAGACUCACCUGGAGGUCCGCGGCCUCUUAGUCGUGCCAUGACAAUGCCUCCCAUCUCCCCCAGCUCAGGUGAAGGUGGAGGCGUUACCAUGCGCAACAAAGAGGGGAAAGAGAAGGAUCGUGAAAAGAGGUUCAGCUUCUUUGGCAAGAAGAAAUAGAACACCUGUAAAAUCAUCAAUGGAAACAACAUUUGUUAGAAUUGAGACUGAGGCAGAUGGAGAGAAAAGUACAAACAGGUCAUACAAACACACUGCUCUCAGUGCAGGCCCCAAGGAGUUUGUUGUCAGCUACGUUGUGUGGCUUACAGAACACUUUUUUCUUUUUCUGAUUCUUUCCCUCGCCGGUUUUAACUGUUAUUUACUUUUACGUUCAUCCAAUCUAUGAAAACCGAAGAAUGAAAGCCCUCAUCCAGUUCUAGACAGCAGAGCUCAUUAAAGCGUCCAUGUCAGUGGUUGUCAUUAACAGGGAUCUAGGCUCAGUCCAGUUCCAGUACAACAAACUGGCUCUUCUUCAGCAGGAAUAUGUUCUCUUCAGAGAGUCUAGGCUGGCUGAGCCGUACUGCUGCUGUAUCUCAAAUAAAGCAAUGGAUGGUGGCUUUCCACUCUGCUGCACACUGGUUUUAUUUCCCUACUUUCAGACCUUCUCUUCGGGGAAGAAUCAUAUCAGUCCUUUUUCUGUUCUUGGUAUUGAUGUUAUUAACCUGAUCAAUAUUAUUGAUAUUAUUAUUACUAUUUAUCUUUUGCAAUUGCUGGUUUGAGAAAACUAAUUAAUUUGACAGUAGAUAAUCUUGACUUAUGUUGUGGAGAGAAAUUUGGUUAAAGUAGUGGAGAAUGUAGGGCUUGCCCUUGUAUGUAUUUUUUUUUCUAGGAAUGACAGUUUAUGAGGUGUUUUGACAAAAUAAAGCUCAUCAAAUUUUAGCAGUGUGCAGUAAAUGAUCACACGUUUCAUUGGGAAAAUAAUAUAUAUAUUUAAUAAGUGGUUUUAUUUUUUAUUUUAUCUCUAAUUUUGCCUGUAUUUGAUUCUUUCCUUUGAGUGAUCUUUUCUGCUUGAUUUUCAUCAUCUUUCUUUCUUUCUUUCUGUACAAAGCAGAGAAGAUUAGUUUUCUAGUGUGUGUGUGUGUGUGUGCGUGUGUGUGUGUGCGUGCGUGCGUGCGCGUGUGUGCGCGUGAGUUGUGGUGCUGUGGAUUUUGCAUGUUUAUGUUAUUCCUGAUUAAACGUGGCCGGAUGGAUGCUGCUUUACGGGAACUCGUAUGCAGAUGAAAACCAGACACAAACACAAAGUAAUUAUACCGGAAUGAUUUAAUAACAUUUGCUUCUCUUUUCUUUUGGUUUUAAAUUUUGAUAAAACUGACAUAAUAAUUACGUUCCUCAAGACCAUUACUAUUUCUGUUUUAGUUGCCUAAUUUCUGUUCUCUCUCUAUCUUUCUACUGGUGUGAAGGCAUGGGGGAAGUUUAUAGAUAAAAAGCUGAAGCACAUUUUUUGUGGCAGACCACGGGGACACGAGCAAGACAGAUGGACAGCUGACAGAUGUCAUUACAGAUAAAGUGAAGGCUGUGGAAGUGAGAGAAGGUAGAUGGUGAAGAGUGAGCUUUCAGGUAGACUUGAGCCUUAAUUGAACCCACUAAAGAUAACCCUUUUUCCAAACCCACCCUCCAUCUAAACGAUCUUCAAGGAAGUUUUCACAGUACAAAGAUGAGAUUGUUAGAAAUGUGCCCUGUGGCAAUGACCUAAUGUAUGUCAGUGGAUUAUAUAUAUAUAUGCAGGUAUAAGUAACAAUAACCCUGGACUCUGCUCACCAGUGACGACGGAGAGGGAGGGUCCUAAAUUAGAUGAGCUCUUGCAUAUGUGGCAUGACUUCAUGUAGGAUUAUACUAGUAAGUGUUUAAUCUUUGCCAUCUAUUCUCUUCUGUGUCGGUGUAACAUGAGAUCACUCCAUAUUUCAAAUUGGAGAGAAACUUCUUUUGUGUAAUUGGGAUACAAUAAAUCAAAACAAUAAGAUUGCUAUUUAGUAUUGUUAAUGAAAAAUGUUGUUUGUACGUUCCUUCUAAAGUCUGAAAUAGCAUUUACAGGAUAUUAUGAAUGUAGCUCAUUUUUACAUGAAUAUCUUGUGACUACUGAAUUGAUUAUUCAAGACGGUCACUAAACACCAAGUGUUUCUUUGCUGUUAAUACGGUAAAAAUGCAAGACUGAAAAAAUGGUUCUGAAAUCAAGGGUUUUUGAGAGAAAGUAUUUGUAAUAGAUUACAUACGGAAGGUAUCUCUUUAAAGCUGGUCAUUGCCUGACUAAGUAAACCUUGCCUUGGAGGAGUGAUUGGUUCAAAGGAAUGUCACCAAACUGAUAGCACAACUACUGACUGGAACUUUAAACAUGUCGGCCUUGUUUUCCACUUCAAACAAAUAUAUUGCUGCUCAAAACAGAGAGGAGAAAUAUCUGAAGAUACACCUGGUCCAAACACUUUGCUUUGUCCGUGGGACUGAGCUCCCAGUUUGCUUGGCCUAAACUACAAUCUGGGAAUUGGGUUAAUAGGGUGAUUUGCAUACAUAAGUGAGCCAACACAGUUUGUGUACAUUGCGCAGAUGUUUGAAUGGAGGAGUCAUUCUUUCCCAGUGGAUGAGCUGUUUUAGUGACUUCUGCUCUGGACAUCCAUCACAGCAAGAUGUUAGGGAGCUCAAAGGUCAAAUAUUUUCUUAUCAGCUCAAUUGAAUGUGAAUAAUUCAAAUAGUUUGGCCAAAUUGGUCACGUGAAGCAAAAAUACUACUCAUACUUGACAUAAGCGCUCUCUCCUUCUCUUUCCCACACAUUAACACUGUACUGUAUAUUUAAUGCAGAAUGACCCUGGCAAUCCAGUCUCGUGGAAAUGUCCUCAGCUGGCUGUGAUUCGAUGUUGCAUAUGGCAUCCUUUUAAAAUAACAUUGUGCUACCAGUGAACUUUUGACCAGAACAUGGAAAGUAUGUGUUAUUGAUGUCAAAGGGAUAUGUUUUUUUCUUUCUUUUUUUUUUCUUUUUUUUUUUCUUCUUUUAGUACUUGGAACAAUGGAGUACUUAAUGAAGAAAAAAGACUUUUACUUGUUAAGAAUUAGAUGAGCGGAAACAGACUGGUGACAAUUUGAGCUUCCUUUUGUAGAAGAAGGCAGGAUAUUUGCUGGCUAGUGGGAGCUUGUGUUUUUUCAUUCAGUGGUCUGUCUUGCAGCAUUUGAUAAGCCUGUCCACCUACCUUAAUUUCUCAUUACUUUUGACAAAUGUCUGUUCCUUCCUCUGUAAGUCAGAGUUGUUAAUACCACUACUAUUAUUAAUUGCUAUUAUUAUCAUUAUUGCUACUGUUGUUACUAUUACUACUACUGUUACUAAUGCAAGGUAUUGCAAAAGUUAUAACUGCUGUCCAUUUUCAGGUACGUGUCUGUAAUACCAGACCCUUCCACACGAUGUCAGUGUGCUGUGGAGCAUUUUCAUUACGAAUCGAAAAUAAUGUUUGUUGACUCGUGUAUCUACAUCUAAUAUUAGGAAUAAUAAAACAUGGUUUAAUCAAGAA